CUUUGUUCCUGCUCAGCAGCUGACCGUAGAUCAGCCUCCGUAUUCAGCUUCUGUUUGGUGCAUCCUCCACAGAUCGAGCUGCAUCCCUACCUGGUGCAGACUGAGAUGAUCGAGUUAUGUAAAUCCAAGAACAUUGUGCUUACUGCCUUCAGUCCCUUUGGCUCGCCUGCAAGACCCCCAGAGAUGCUGAGAGGAGAGACUGAUCCUCUGAGGCUGCUGGAGGACCCCGUGGUGGCAGAUAUCGCCAAGAAGCACAGACACAGCUCCGCACAGGUGUUGCUCAGGUUCCACGUGCAGCAGGGUGUCGCAGUCAUCCCGAAGAGUGACAAGCCUCACCACAUCCUGGAAAACACAAAGAUCUUUGACUUCAGUCUGACUGAAGAGGACAUGCGAGCCCUGAGAGGACUGGACCGAGGGUGGAGGUCCUGCCUGCUGGAGGAAGUCAAGUCUCACCCGUACUACCCCUUCGUAUGAAGCAGCCAGAGGAUGAGUGGAGAGGAGGCGGCACACUGCACCUACUGACACGUCAACAAGACCUCAGACAGCCUCACACUGCCAUUCAGUGUGCCUUACUGCACAAGAAUAAUCAUAUAGUGUAGUGGCCAGCAUAGUGAACCCGGAAAUGUUGAGUACACCAAAGUUCUAUGUUAGAAAUGUAUAGUUGGGUCCCCUGAAGAUAGAAACUGUUUGCACAAUUUGCACAAUAACCAUCAGUAUCAUGAUUAGCAUUAAUGGCAUUAUAGCUCACUGUAUUUGGACAACAGCGGAUUUGGACCAUUUUUGAGUGGUUUUGGAUGCAGAAUGCAGGUUGAACCAAAAAGUGUCCAUACAGUUGCAAGAAAAAGUAUGUGAACCGUUUGGAACUACCUGGAUUUCUGCAUAAAUUGGUCAUAAAAUGUGUU